GCAGCAUUUUCAACUCGCGACUGACAAGCAGCGGUCGCCGUCGCCGAUCCGUUGUCGAGAGAUCAGAUCCGUGAUCUGAGUUUAAAACAUCCCAAUACGAUCCGUACCGAUUCGAACCGUUUCCGAACCGUGAUCCCCCGUGAUCCGUUUCGUGAGUGCGCCGCGCUUUAAUUGCAUUUUAUUUUUUUUCCAAUUUUUUUUUUUUUUAACGAGCUACGGAUCCUUUUUGUGUGCAGUGCCUUCGACAAUCGAAUUGAAUUCAAGUAACAUUUUUUUUGUUCGAGUGCUUUUGUGCCGAGGAUAACCACCCACAACCAGCAGCUGGCAUGAUGCUGCUCCGCCUGACUUUGCUGACCGCCUGCUGCUUCUGCGCCGCCCAGGCGGUGGUGCAUGGCAAGGAUGUGAAGCGCCGCGAGGCGGGAUUCGACACAUAUGGUCCGCCGCCACGCCCUGCACCACAGUACGGCCCACCGCCGCAGCAGCAGCACGUGCCCCACCGGGAAUACGGUGUGCCGCAGCAGAUUCCCUUCCGGGAGUACGGUCCGCCGGCCAUCAAAUACGGCCCACCCAAGCUGAACUUCCUGGGAGGCGGCGGUGGAGGCGGUGGCGGCGGUAGCUCGCUGCACGAGCAGAUCAAGACGCACUUCGGAGUGCCCAAACCCUUCUACGGACCGCCGCACAUCCAGCACAAGCCGGCACCACAGUACGGCCCACCACCACCGAAGCCAGCACCACAGUACGGUCCACCGCCGCAGCCAGCCCCACAGUAUGGUCCACCACCACCAAAGCCGGCGCCUCAGUACGGUCCACCGCCACCACAGUACGGUCCACCACCACCGCCGCUGAAGAUCCAGCACCGCCCGGCUCCACAAUACGGGCCACCGAAACUGCAGUAUGGUCCACCACCACCACCACCACAGCUGCUGCCCUCGCCGCACGCGGCACCACUCUUCAAGCCCGCCCACCAGCCAGCCACCUCGUACGGACCACCUGCCUCCGGACCGCUGAACCUGCCGCCCAAGCAGAUCUUCGAUGCCCCGCCACCGAACUACGGACCACCGCCACUGCCCGUGGCCCUGCCCGGCAACGGCAAUGGACCGGCCACCACGAUUAUACUGACCGGCGGACACUCCAGGCCGAGUGGACCCAGUGGACCCGGGCCAGUGAAGCAGGUGCAGAUCCAGAUCGACUCGUCGGGACACACACACAGUGUUAGCGGAUCCCAGGCGCCAUUCCACACGGCCUGCGAUGGCUGGAAACCGAUCCCGGCGCCAGUGGGUGCCUACGUGGAGCAGAACCACAUCGAGACGCAGGGUGGCUACAGCCAGGUGGCCCAGGGACAUGUUGGAUCCACCUUUGGAACGCAGUACAGCUUGGGCGUUGGUGCCACUGGAAGCGGCAGUGGUGGCAGCAUCAUCGACGGCCUCACUGACGAACAGCUCGUGGCAGUGGCGCUACAAGGUGGCGGCGAUGGAGCCAAUGUGAUCACCGGACCAGGAGGCAACUCCAUUGAAGCGGAAGCCUUGCAGGCCGCCAUUGGUUCCCUGGAUGAUUCGUAUUCGAAGCCUCCAUCGGAUUCCUUCGCUCCCGGUUCUGUGCAUGCCCAGAAGUACCAGACUAUCGGACACUCCGGACCUCCACCACCACCACCAAGUGGUAACUACGGACCUCCACCACCACCACCAAGUGGUAACUACGGACCUCCACCACCACCACCAAGUGGUAACUAUGGACCACCACCACCAAGUGGAAUCUACGGACCUCCACCACCACCACCAAGUGGUAACUACGGACCUCCACCACCACAGUUUGCAGCCCUCACCAGCAGCAGCAGCAGCCACGCCCACUCGCAGUCGCAAUCCAAUGUUAACAUCCAGUACGGACCACCAUCCGGCAAUCCCCAGCCCUUCCCGCAGCACGGAGCCGGUCAGCCCAACAAGCCGGUGGCUUAUCGUCCACCCGUGCCCGCUGGUCUCCUGGAGUCCAUUGGAGCCACCGUCCAGCAUCUGGAUCAGUUCGGUGUAAAGCCACAGCAGCAGCCACAGACCUAUAUACCCCCAGCGGCCAAUGAGAUUCCCGUUUCCGGAUCUGCGCCACAGCCACUACCAUCGCCACAGGCUCUUUACCAGCCACCACCACCACCGCCGCCACCAUCCGCGCCCCAGUUGAGCCUGCAGCAGCAGCUGCCUGCCCCACAGCCCGGUCCCGUCUUCAUUCACCAGAAGCAGUUCGGACCACCGGGACCACCGCCACCACCGGAGCCACAGUACCUGCCGCCGCCACCACCACCAGUGGCCAAUGUGCGACCACUGGGACCACCACCACCACCACCCACUCAGCAGUACCUGCCCGCCGCGCCAUCUGGACCACUCUUCUACCAGCAGCAACAGCAGCAGCAGCAGCACCACCACUCGGAGAACAGCUACAGCGCAUCGCAGUUCCACUCCCAAGGACUCCCAUUGCCGCAGCAGGCUCCCCGCUUCAAUCUGCAGCAAGUGCAGCAGGUGCAGCAGCAGCAGCCCAUCAUCGUCCACGAUUGCGGUCAUGGUCCGAAUCUGGUGAGCAGCAAUGGCUACCAGGUGCAGCAGCAACAGCAACAGCAACUGCAGCUGGUGCAGCAGCAGCAGCAGCAACACUUUGGCAGCGUAUCCGCCGCAUCCGCCGGUGCCUACAAUGCCAUCUCGCAGAGCAUCCCGGUGGCGGAGCAGCACACCCAGCAAUUGGUCACCGGACCGGCGGACAGCUAUGGUCCACCGCCAUCUGGCAAUGACUUGGACUACGACCACACUGGUUAUGCAUCGCAGAAGAAUGCGGUGGCAGCACUGCCCGAUGGCACCGAUCCCCAUCAGCUUCCCGGUUUGGAUGGACUCGAUGUUCUGUCCGCCCAGAAAUCGCAGAGCAUUCAGCUGAACGGACAGCAGCCGACGCAGAACUUCCAGGUGCAGUUCGGUGGUUCCCUGAACAAUGCCCCUGGUGUCGCCCAUGGCGAUGCCAAUCACGAGGAGAUCCUGUCCCAAGGUCUGCUGCAGUCCAUCCUCACGGCCAUCGAACAGCCCAGCCAGCAGCAGCAGCAGCAGCAGAAUCUUCCCCAGAACCAUAAGGCCCAGAGUCGCUCCGAUGAGCACGAUCACGAGCAUGAAAACGAUCAGGAUCUGGCCAAUGCCGAUGAGAAUGAUGAGGAGCAGGAGCAGUCGAUUAGCUCCUCCAAUCGCGUGGAGGUGCGCGUCCUGCCGGAGAAUCCCGAUAACGAGGAGGAGACCCCCGCCGAAGUCAAGGAGAUCGAACCGAUCGUGGUCAACGAGGAGGAGGCCAAGCAUUAGUCAGUCACUAGUUAGCAUCGAACUCAUCAGCGCCGCUUGAACCUAUUUAUUGCUGCCUCAUCAUCAUCAACUAAGAGCUAAGUGCUCCAUCUGUCCCCCAGUUGCCAUAAAGUGAAAGUCCAGGGGACAGGGGGGGGGCAUCCAUUAAAACAAAGAAAUAACAAAAACAAAAAAAAAAUAAUGACACAAACACACACACACACAAAGAGAACCAAGAAGCUAGCAUGCGAAUCGACGAGGGGAUGCCCCGUGGCGUGAAAAGUGCCUUUUCAUGCUCGCAGCUCGUGUAUAAAAGUUAUUUAAAAUAAAUAAUUAAUUUAUUAUA